UCUGGAGACCGGAAACCUUUGCUCCUCGUUCAGCCUGGAGCUCGCAGAAGAAUGACACCCGCUCCUAACGAGAGUAUAGAUUAAGCUCUUUGAAAUGUGAGUCUUAUGGGAAGGAUCACAGUUGCUUUAAAUUAUAGAAGUUGGCAAGUGCCUGGGAGGAGCAGGGGAUUGUUUCAACUGCAAAAGACGGUGGCAGCCCUCGGAAAGAUAGCAUGAACCCCCGGCGUCAGACAUAUUCUCAGGCUCAGAAGAGCACUUGAUUUUUCCAUCAAGUUCUUUUCUUGGAUUGUUUUGAAGCAGCUUUGAAGACGCAAACCAUAUUUCUGCUUGAAAAUUUUGAAGGUUUCUAAAUUCAUGGGACAGCUAAAACCAGAAAGCUUCAUGUUCAGGGGAAAGUUUGACAUCUUUGCCUAGAAAAGAGCCAAAGAUGCUCGUCUUGCUCUAUGUUACAAGUUUUGCCAUUUAUGCAAGUGGACAGUCACGGAACAACCAUUUCAAAGGGGAGAACUACUCCCCCAGGUAUAUCUGCAGCAUUCCUGGCUUACCCGGGCCUCCAGGACCUCCUGGAGCCAAUGGCUCUCCUGGACCGCAUGGUCGGAUUGGCCUCCCAGGACGCGAUGGUAGAGACGGCAGGAAAGGAGAAAAAGGUGAAAAGGGGGCUGAAGGUUUGAGAGGCAAGACUGGACCCCUGGGCCUCGCUGGAGAAAAAGGGGACCAAGGGGAGACCGGGAAGAAAGGUCCCAUAGGGCCAGAGGGAGAGAAAGGAGAGGCGGGUCCCACCGGGGCUCCUGGACUCAAGGGAGACAGAGGAGAGCACGGCGACCCUGGGCCACCUGGAGUCUGCAGAUGUGGCAGCAUCGUGCUCAAAUCAGCCUUUUCUGUUGGCAUCACGACCAGCUACCCGGAGGAAAGGCUACCGAUCGUAUUUAACAAGGUCCUCUUCAACGAGGGAGAACACUACAAUCCAACAACAGGCAAGUUCAUCUGCGCUUUUCCAGGAAUCUAUUACUUUUCUUAUGAUAUCACUUUGGCAAAUAAGCACUUGGCCAUAGGGCUGGUCCACAACGGGCAGUACCGAAUAAAGACCUUCGACGCCAACACAGGAAACCAUGAUGUAGCUUCAGGGUCCACAGUCAUUUACCUGCAGCCAGAAGAUGAGGUGUGGCUUGAGAUCUUCUUCACGGACCAAAAUGGCCUCUUCUCAGACCCCGGUUGGGCAGACAGUUUAUUCUCUGGGUUUCUCCUAUAUGUUGAUACAGAUUAUCUCGAUUCCAUCUCAGAUGAUGAUGAUCUGUGACCAGGACUGCUUUGCUGAAAGUUCCCAGAUCCUUGUGAUUCAACAAUACUUUAAUUUGGGGUCCUGAAAGGUGCACCAGCAGAAAUAAGAUGCAAACUGGUUCCUGCUCAGACACAGACGAUCAGGACCUAAUCAUGCAAGAUGAACUACCAAAUGGCUGAAACUAUACUGAAAUAAAUUCUAGAAAACAAUACCCAAGAUAUGAAUUCUCUUGAAAGCAAUGUUUAUAAAUAUUUAAACAAGUUAAAGAUAAUGUUAACAAAUUUCGUAUUAAAUUUCAUGAGUGAUAAGAAUAGCUGGCAAUGAUAUUGAAUUAUUAAA